CGUCCAGAUUUCUUGGCAACACGGGUUAGGGUUUAGAGGACAGCAACUCUCUUCCUUCCCAAAGUGGAAUUUCAUCUGUUUGUUGAUUGAAGCUGGAAGGAAUGAAGCUAUUUGGUGCAAUCAAAGUUGAUUGAUUUUAUGAGAAUGGCGUUGAACUGAAGCUGAAAAUGUAGCUGAUAUGCUGCAGCAUGAUAAGUCAUCGGUUUGAUUUUGGGGAUUUAUGCAAAAUUUCUGAACUUUCUGUAGAAUGUUCUUUUGCAUUAUUCAUCUUUUACCCAAAAGAAAAAGAUGGUUUUUUCCGUUAUCCCACUUAAUGAGUGUUUCCACUUCUUGCUGUGCUGCUCAAGAUACUGGUUUCUCAUCAGAUGACAAUGUGCUGCUGGAGUCGAGCGAAAAUGGAGAGUUGCAGCGAAGAAUGCAGCGGCAUGCUGCCUCGGGGUGCAUUACCAAAGCCCUUGAGACCCUGAACCUUAUGAGGAAUAAUGGUCCUGGUAAACCUUCCACUUAUGACUAUAAUGCUAUGAUCAGGUACUUCUUAAAGUCGGGUAGUGUGGCGUUCGAUGAGUUAUUUGAGGUUUACAGUGGGAUGAAAAGAUUUGGUCCAAGCCCGAAUCUGUUAACUUAUCAAACACUCUUGAAUGGGUUCAUUUCUGUUGGAAGAUCAAAAGAUGCAAUGUAUAUUACAGACGAGAUGAUGGCGUGUGGGUUUUCCCCUUCGUUUACAAUUCUGUCAAAGUUGUUCAAGAAGCUACUGAAAACAGAAAGUGUAGUUGAUGCUGUUUUGUUGCUUGAGAUUAUGUUGAGUGUCAACUAUAUUCCAAGUCAGUAUGAUAUAAGUGUCUUGAUCCAAGGUCUUUGCCAUGUAGGGAUGGUUCAGGUGGCAACUUCAUUGUUUGUGAAAAUUUCGGGAAAGGGCUACUUUUGUGGGGGGAUUAUUUAUAAUCCCAUACUCUGGGCUUUAUGUAAAUCCAGUCAAACUUGUGGCGCAUUAGCAUUUUUUGGUUUCUUAGAAAAGAAGGGAUUCGUACGAUCUGUUUACUCUUAUACUGCAUUGGUUUAUGGUUUUAGUAAGGAUAGGCAGUGGCGUGAAGCUUUUCUCUGUUUAGAGGAAAUGGAAAAUGUUGGUUGUAAGCCUAGUCUGGUCACUUAUACAGUACUUAUUAAGUUUCUCUGUGAUGACGGGAAAGUUGAUGUGGCACUGAACCUUUUGGAAAAGAUGGAAGAGAGAGGAUAUAACCCUGACUUAGUUGUAUACAACAUAGUUCUCCGUGAGUUUUGCACUCAAGGUAGAGUAGGUGAUGUUUAUGAUCUUAUUCAACUUAUUGAUCAAAAGGGCUUGUCACCUGACAUGUAUACUCAUGCCGCAUUAGCUGGAGGCAUGUUGAAAAGGGGCAAUGUGGAGUUCGUCAAUAAGUUGUUGCUCAAUAUUAUACUAAGGCACUGUUCUGUAGAUACUGCCGUUUACAACAUAUAUCUGCAUUCGAUGUGUUGUGAUAGUAAUACUGGAGAAGCUUUGUCCUUGAUGCAGAGUCUGAUGGAAAAGGGUUUUAGACCUACUAAUAGAUCAUACAACAUAAUUCUUAAGGGAUUGUGCAAAGAGAGAAAAUUUUACGAAGCUUUCAAGUUAUUUGAUUGUAUCUUGUGGCCUAGCAAUGGCCCUGACUUGAUUUCCUUGAAUACAGUUUUGUCUGCUGCAUGUAAACUAGGAAAUUCAGACAUUGUUCAGAGAAUUUUGUGGCAGAUGGAACAUGAAGGAAUAAACCUCGACGUUGUGAGCUUAACAUCUCUGAUUCAGUAUUAUUGUACAGUUGGCAAAAUAACAGACUGCUUAAAGCUCGUGGAGUCCAUGGUGAUCAAUGGUCCCAGGCCUAAUACAGUCACUAUGAACACCCUUCUUAUUGGACUCUGCAAGAAUCAUCUACUUGGAUUAGCAGAAAGAUUUUUCAACUAUUUUAAACAGAUUGGAGUUCCGGCUGAUACGACUACAUACAAUAUUCUAAUCCGCGCUUUCAUACAUGAAGGAAAUGAUUUGAUGGUAGAUGAGCUCUUGAGGGAAAUGUCCAGCCAUAAAUUGAGGCCGGAUCUUGGCACCUACAGUUGCUUCGUGUAUGCCUUAUGUAGAAGAGGCAAAAUUGCACUUGUCCUUCAUCUGCGAAACCAAUUGCGAGAGAAUGGCAUCCCUCCUAAUCUCUUCAUUUACAACACAAUAAUGAAAGCAAUGUUCAUGAAAGGAAUGUUCUGGGAAAUCAUCGAUCUGCUCCAGGACAUGUACAUGGAUGGAUGUCAACCUAAUGAAGGAUCUUAUAAACUAUUGAAAGGAGCGAAGUUAAAAGGUUGGAUGAAGGGUUCCCCUCAAGCUUUACAAAUGAGAGUAUUUGGUAUGUUUGGUAAAUUGUCCUGAGAAGGGAUGGUACUAAUAGAGAAUACAAUAUGGCUGGUGAAAAUGGGUUCCAUCUCUUCAUCAUGCGACUGAAGAUGCUCUCUCUGAGGAAGUGUUUGGGCUGGAGAAGUGUUCGUCGCAUAUUCGCAUAACUUGAUUGAUCAGGCAAUAACUUGUGCUCCAGGUCCAGAGUCAUUUAUGUCUCCAACUUUCCAGUUAUCUUGUUGUUAAUCUCCUGAAAGGCGCUAAGCAGUCUGGUUGAGAAAUGGGAAAUCAAAAUAAUAAUAGAAAUAUUGAGCAAGUCAACAAGAAAUCAGAACUCAAACGAAAGGGCUGCAGGUUCCUGUGUUACUUAUCAAAAGAGCUCGAACUUGUCCAUUCUGGUCCAUAAGUCCGAUCCAAUAGUUUGCAUGUGUAACUUUAUGUCUUAGAGUGUCUGUUUCUAUAAAAUACAAAGUUAGAUUAUGAAAAAUAUUUAGUGUUUUGAUGAAUUGGUGUACCAACCAUUCCUUUUUCUUUGCAGUUAAAAAUCCCAGAACUACACAUCCUGUGUCACGAGCUGGUGGAGAAUGCAUUUUCAAAGAUUAAAAGCCCUCGACUGGGUGAAACAAUUUGCACAUGGAGCAGUAUCCCCGAAAGAUCCCAACAGGGAAAGGGUCACCGUAAGAAGACUGAAGGCUCGUCAUCAUACCCUUGUAGCGGGGUUUUCAGACGAAAGGGAGGAAGAAAGAAGUCAGCUUGAAUGUAUAAAUGGCUCCUCCAACCCUUCUUUUAUAGCAGGAUGAAGAUACGAACGUCAUUCUUAUCAAGUUGGGAAGACGUCGGACAUUGACAAAGACACCUCAAGAGGAAGGAACCCCCCUAAGUUGUCAUCUACAAAGCAGUGAGACUUUCUACCACCUCUUGUAAAGAUUUUCAAUUCCCUUUCCUGGAAUGUCAAAUUUUGGACUGAGAAUAGACUUGGGCUGAAUAGUGUGACCAAAGUUUUGAACUUUCUAGAGUGUAAAAAAUUCUUGAUGUAAAUAUGACCAUUAAAAUGGCGUCAGUGCGUGGGUUAGACAUUGUGCA